AGAGCCCCCCACUUGGGCUCCUCCGAGCACCCCCUGCAGCAAGGAGCGGGGCUGAGCAGAGUGAGGGUUCUGGGAAGGAGAGGGGACAGCUUGGCUCCCUGCCACCAGCUCUCUGCAGCCAGCUGAGCGCUGCCAGGGCACUGGAGGAUUGCAAAACAGCCACGGGGGAAGGCAAGGAGGCUGGAGCAUGUUGGUGCGCGGCAGGGAACCCCAUAGCAUCACUGCCAGCAGCGCAGCCAGGGCGGAAAGAUGACCAGCUUGCUUUCCUCCCCAGGAUGGGAGGGAGACAUUUGCAGUCAGAUGGUCCUGGCUGCCAUCCCAGGGGAGACAGCUUCCCAGCACCCAUGAGCUUAAUUCCUCUCUUGGGAACAGCUGGCUCGGAAGGCAGCACAGGCAGCCCUUCCCUUCCUCUUCAAAGGGUGAAUGGCUGGACAUAUGUCAAGAUGGAGAUUACAGCACCCAUGGUGUAUCCAGGUUCUGCUGCAUGGUACCCGUGAGAAAGUGACAAAGAGCAGGCACAGAGGCACCCGCCCACCCCCAGCACUUUGGCAGGGCAGAGAAUGAGCCAUUGUCCUGUGGGAUGCCAGCCCCAGCACCAGCUGCUGCUGAGGACCGGACCAGCCAACAAAGCAGAGCCAGCAGUGGCUGCACCAUGGCCAUGCUUGUGGAACCAGCAGCAGCCCUGGUCCUCCUGUGCCUGGCUGUGGGGCUGGAGGCCAGUCCGGAGCUCUCCGGGUACCUGCGCAAGGUGCUGAGGAACCACACCACCCACACCUGUGAUGGUGAGCAGCUCCUCAUCAUCUGCCCUCACAAGACCACUAUCAGCAUCCUCAGUGCCUUCUACGGGCGUCGUGUGCCUAGCCCCAACCUCUGCCCCAGCCCUGGCAGCUCCCAGGAGAGCACCCAGUGUUCCUCCACCACCGCACACCUGAAGCUGCAGGAUGAGUGCCAGGACCAGCAAUGGUGCCAGUUCUCAGUGCACAGCCAGGUCUUUGGGCCGGACCCGUGCCCUGGGACGCACAAGUACCUCAUUGCAUCCUACAAGUGCCGGCCAGGGAACCAUCGGGUCAAGACCGUGUGUGAGAACAACAAGCUAAAGCUGCAGUGCCGACCAAAAUCUGUCCUGGCCAUUUAUUCUGCAAAUUACGGACGAUUCCUGCGGGGCAAACCGGAGUGUGAUGCCCUGAACACCGGGGCGCCCCAUAUAGAGUGCUUGGCUCCGGACGCCCUGCGGAGAGUCUCCAAGAAGUGCCACCGCAAGACGAACUGCACCGUGGCUGCUGACCAGGCCACCUUUGGGGAUCCGUGCCUCCCCGGCAUGAAGAAACAGCUGCGAGUCUCCUACACUUGUGUGCCCAAGCAGCUGCUGGAGGAGGUGGGCCCUGAAACCUCAGACCCCUUCCUGCUCUCAGACUACAUGCAUGGUGGCUGGUACAAAGGGCCCAGGUUCUCCAAGCUCCGGGAAGACCGGAUGAUUUUUACUAGCUCUCUGGAAGUUUUUGCCCACCUCUGGGGUAUCCCAGAGAAAGUUGGCCUCUACUUUCUUUGUGGGGUCUCCGGAGGCCUCAUGCUCCUACUGUGCAUCAUCAGCCCCAAAACAACCUUCCUCCAGGAGGUGGGGGAGGGUCUCAAAGACCCAGAGCUGAGCAGGACCAAGCUGCGGGAUGACCAGGACGAAGAUCUUCCUGAUGACAGCUCCUCGGACUCCUCCUUCCGCCGCCUUACCCGCACCUACCGGGCCACUGACAGCAUCUUUGGCCCCGAGCUGACAGCAGCCAUGGAGGGAGCAGUGGAGCACCAGGGCCAUGGCGGGGAGGAGAUCUGGAUGCCUAAGGAAUCGAGCCCAUACGCCAUCCACAAGAUUAAAUCAGCUACUAAAUAAGAACUGGAAUGAAAGGGCCAGACAGCAGCAAGGUUGGAAACAAAGUGCGAUCCAAAACUGGGGAGUCAAAAGAGUUUGGGUUCCUCAGUGUGCAUGGGCAUCCUGAGUGGCAACAAGGCCCUGACAGGACCUUUGUGGCCAUCAACCCACCUGGAAACCCCAAACCUAGAGGCAAGAUGUAGCCACUGGACAUGAUAAGGAGCUGCGGGAUGGCUGGGGGUCCACUGGCUCCUUUGCCACAAACAUGCUGCUAACCCUAAGCUAACCUCCCUGCCCUUGGCUCAGCGCCGCUGGCUCUACUCCUUAACCCUGCUGGGCCACACUGAGCCCACCCUAAGCCCUCUCAGGCUGUUUGGUCCUGUUUGCUCUUGGGUGCUGGCAACCAGCCCUGGUGCUCUACACACCCCUAAACCCUUGGGCAGCGUGCUGGCAACAGAAAUGGCCAAGGUGGGCGAGGAUACUGGGGGUGAGGGUGGAAGAGUAUGGUGAGCAUUGCUCCCCCAGCACACCCGAGCCCUGCUGUGUAUCUUGCAGGUGCUGUCCUGGGGGAGCUGCACCCAGGGUGCCAGCAGCUCAGUGCCAUGCUGGAUCCCACCUCCCCGAUGGUGUUUGUCCCCUGCUUUGCUCUGUGCUUUUAUUCAUGCUUCUCCUGCAGACAGGACAGCCCCAGGGUUACCUCACAGGGGCUUUUCUCAGUAAAUAAAU